UGACAGCAGAACGUGAUGCAGAAAUAAGAAAAGCUGCUCACAAGAUUUUAGGAGAGUACACUUGACAGUGUAAUUACUGAGCUUCUACUUUGGCUUUUGGAUGAAAGGGUUCCUCAUAUGGAUGGAUGGCAGCCAACUUUUGAAAGCUCUCAAUGUGUUGGUGCUUAACAUUCUGGAUAAUGCUGAUAGAACUUCAUCCUUUGUUGUCCUUAUUAAUCUCUUGCGUACAUUAGAUCCUUCAAGGUGGCCUUCAGCUGCGACUAAUGAGUCCUUUGCUGCCAGAUAUCAGAGGUUUUCUGAUCUGGUUGUAAAAUGCCUCAUCAAACUGACCAAGCUCAGCCAUGCUCCUGUACAAUGCUUCAGGCUAGAUUACAGACCACUUUUCUUCAAUCAACAACAGUACCAAAGCUACAGUUCAGUCUCAAUCACAAGAAGGAUGGAAGAUUCAAUAAUGGAAGAAUUUUCAACACAAGAAGAUUCCCAGCAAUUGUAUUUCUGAGUACAGCCAAUCCAAAGGCCAAGGCCUGCUUCUCUAUUUAUACAAAAUUUUUCGACUCA